UAGUUCCCGGGAGGUAGCCAUGCCGCCUGGUUGGCCAAUGAGAAGGGACGAACUUUUGAAAGAUUUGGAGUGUGGGGCGGGGAACUAGUUGCCAAAAGGCUGUGGUGAAUUCUUUUCGCCGCCCUAAUAGAAGAGAGAAGGCAUGGAAGGGUAGUCAGAAGAGUUUUGUCAGAACACUGUAGGGGUUUUAGAUUCCAGUUGUUUGUACUCUCUUUCAGUUUGGCCCUUUGAAGUCACUUCCGCUUUCGGGCGGACACAUGCUAAAGCUGUGGCGGGAGUUGGAGAUUCUGCAGCGAAUACACCAGGAUCAUCAUGCCUAGAGUUUGUAACAUAAAAAAGUCUCUUACACCUCAGAUUUCUUGUUUGACAAGUGAAUCUUAUAAAGAGCUGGAUUUUUUGCCUGACAAACUAAGAGCAAAGCUGCUCCCUUUCCAGAAAGAUGGCGUCACUUUUGCCCUCAGCAGAGAUGGCAGGUGUAUGGUGGCUGAUGAAAUGGGUCUAGGAAAGACCAUCCAGGCAAUUGCCAUUGCUUACUUCUAUAAGGAGGAAUGGCCUCUUUUAAUAGUGGUCCCUUCAUCUCUGAGGUACCCUUGGACAGAAGAAUUAGAGAAAUGGAUCCCAGAGCUAGGUCCAGAAGAAAUCAAUGUUAUUCAGAAUAAAGCUGAUGUUGGGAGAAUAUCAGCCAGCAAGGUGACAGUUCUGGGUUAUGGUCUGUUAACCACAGAUGCAGAGACUUUGAUAGGUGCACUGAAUAAUCAGAAGUUCCAAGUAGUUAUAGUGGAUGAAUCACACUACAUGAAGUCCAGAAAUGCAACUCGCAGCAAGAUUUUACUGCCAAUAGUACAGAAAGCCAAACGAGCCAUUCUCCUUACAGGAACUCCAGCUUUGGGAAGGCCUGAAGAGCUUUUCAUGCAGAUUGAAGCUCUCUUUCCCCAGAAAUUUGGAACAUGGACCGACUAUGCCAAAAGAUACUGUAAUGCACGUAUCAGAUAUUUUGGUAAAAGGCCUCAGUGGGAUUGUAGAGGGGCAUCAAAUCUUAAUGAACUUCAUCAGCUAUUAAGUGACAUAAUGAUUAGAAGAUUAAAGACUGAAGUUUUAACCCAGCUGCCCCCUAAAAUCAGACAGCGUAUUCCAUUUGAUCUUCCAUCAGCAGCAGCCAAGGAAUUGAAUAGCAGCUUUGAAGAGUGGGAAAAAUUAAUGAGAGCUCCAAAUUCAGGUGCCACUGAGACUGUCAUGGGAUUGAUUACUCGCAUGUUUAAACAGACUGCUAUUGCCAAGGCAGGUGCUGUAAAGGAUUAUAUUAAAAUGAUGCUUCAGAACGAUUCACUUAAAUUUCUGGUUUUUGCUCACCAUUUAAACAUGCUCCAAGCUUGCACAGAAGCGGUCAUAGAAAACAAGACUCGUUACGUUAGGAUAGAUGGAAGUGUUCCAUCCUCAGAAAGAAUACAUCUGGUUAAUCAGUUUCAAAAGGAUCCUGAGACUCGUGUGGCUAUCCUCAGCAUUCAGGCUGCUGGUCAGGGUUUGACAUUUACUGCUGCAACUCAUGUUGUAUUUGCUGAGUUGUAUUGGGACCCUGGACAUAUAAAACAAGCAGAAGACCGUGCUCACCGAAUUGGACAGUGCAGUUCUGUGAAUAUUCACUACCUUAUUGCAAAUGGGACUCUAGACACCCUUAUGUGGGGAAUGUUGAAUCGCAAGGCUCAGGUUACAGGGAGCACAUUGAAUGGUAGGAAGGAACAACUUAAGGCUGAGGAAGGUGAUAAAGAAAAAUGGGAUUUCCUGCAGUUUGCUGAAGCUUGGACUCCAAAUGAAAGUUCUGAAGAGCUCAGGAAUGAAAUUUUAUUCACUCAUUUUGAAAAAGAAAAACAGCAUGAUAUUCGAUCAUUCUUUUUACCAAAACCUAAGAAAAGACCGUCGGUGACCUCCGUUAAUGAAUCAAGGAUGUUCCAGGAGGAAAAUACUGUAGUGGCAGCAGACCCUGGAAAAAUAGCUACAAGAGAUAUCAUUGAUUAUGAAAGCAAUUUUGAACCUGAAGCUAAAAGACUGAAAUCAGUCACCACCGAUGACCGCUGCAGUCCCCCGGAGGAGAAGCGAUCCUGGCCCAGCCAAACCAAAGCUCUAGCCCAGGCAACCCCCCCAUCCCUCCCUGGAAAGGGCUGGCAGUGUGGUUUCUGCACCUAUAUCAAUAACUCAGUGUUACCUUAUUGUGAAAUGUGUGAGAAUCCUCAAGGUAGUACUGAUAGCCUCAACUGUACCCAGGAUAAAAACAGAAACGAGAAAGAUGAUGCUCAGAAAGACACCUCCAAAAAGGUUGGGACUAGUUCUGGCUGUGAAAAACAAGCCCUUGCACAGUCAGAACCUGAACCGCUGGCUAAGAGCAAGGAAGAAGUGUCAAAAAUCGAGAGGGAAGAUGGACUCACAGCCCAGCCAGGUGAUGAACAGUUGAAGAGUUCAGACACUUGGCCAGUGUACGACACCAUAAUGUUUUGUGCAAGUAAGAAUACUGACCGGAUCCACCUCUAUAGUAAGGAUGGAAACCAGAUGAACUGUAAUUUCAUUCCUUUGGAUAUAAAAUUAGACCUGUGGGAAGAUUUACCAGCAAGCUUUCAGCUGAAACAAAAUCGCUCCCUGAUUUUGAGGUUUGUUCGAGAAUGGAGUAGUCUAACUGCCAUAAAGCAAAGGAUAAUCAGGAGAAGCGGGCAGCGGUUCUGCAGCCCGGUUCUUGCCCUGGAAGAGAUCACAAAGCAACAAACCAGACAAAAUAGUACCAAAAGAUAUAUAACCAAAGAAGAUGUUGCAGUAGCCUCGAUGGAGAAGGUGAAGAAUGACGGGGGCCGUGUCCGUCUGAUCACAAAGGAGUCCAGGCCGUGGGACUCCUCUACAGAAAAGUUUCUUAAAGAUGGAGCCUGUGUCCCAUUUCUAAAUCCCUGCACAGCCCAAGCUAAUCUCACUGUGAAGCCUUCUACAUCCAAAGGCUAUUUGCAAGCUGUGGAUAAUGAAGGAAAUCCACUUUGCCUUCACUGUCAGCAACCCACUUGCCAAACUAAGCAAGAGUGUAAAGCAAACGCUUGGGAUUCACGGUUUUGCUCUCUGAAAUGUCAAGAGGAGUUUUGGAUUCGAUCUAAUAAUAGUUACCUGCGAGCCCAGGUGUUUGAAGUUGAACAUGGUGUGUGUCAGCUAUGUAAUCUGAAUGCACAAGAACUCUUUUUACGUCUGAGAGAUGCCCCUAAAAGUCAGAGGAAGGAUCUUCUGGAUACUACCUGGACUUCAAAGCUCUCAUUAGAACAGCUUAAUGAAAUGAUAAGAAACCCAGGGGAAGGGCAUUUCUGGCAGGUGGACCACAUCAAGCCAGUGUCCAGUGGAGGAGGACAGUGCUCCCUGGACAACCUGCAGACCCUCUGCACAGUCUGUCACAAAGAGAGAACUGCCAGACAAGCCAAGGAAAGAAGCCAGGUGAGAAGACAAUCUCUAGCAUCAAAGCAUGGAUCAGACAUCACACGAUUUUUGGUAAAGAAAUGAAGUGUAAGAAACUUUGAAUGGAUGACAAAUGUUUUACAUGGGAAGGAAUUUAACAAUUUUUUCCCAUGUUUGUCCAAUAUUUUAGGAGUGAAAAUUUUCAGAACAAAAAUCAAGAAUUCAGCUUCCCUUUUCAUAUUAAAUGCUUUUCUUUUGAAAGUACUUAACAGAGACAGACUCAAUACUAAAUAUUUCUAUGAUCUUCUUGCUUUCAUGCAGACUCUCAAUUAUGUUUCAGACAAGUUCUGUUAAGCUUUCAUUUCCCCAGCUCUACCUUAAUCAUGGUAUUAUGCAUAGAUUGUAUCUGAAAAAUAUAAAUCUCCAUUACUUGAAAAAUGCUGCUGGAUUAGUAUUGGUUCUGGAAUGCUGUGUGUAUAAAUGGAACAGUGCGAAACCAUAAGGGAAAUUCUGGAGGCAAAUCAUCAUUAUUCAGGAAUUCUGGGCCAAGUGUGAUCAGCCUGCUUACCAUGCAAGCGAGACUCUUGUUCACUAAAUGCCUCCAAAAUGGGGUUGGAGUACAUAUUUCGAGUGUUGCCUUUUUUAUUUCUUUGCUGGUGUCUUUAUUGAAAAGAUGCUUUUGAAAAUAAGCUAAUUGGACCUAUGGUGUUUGUGGACAAUUUGGGAAUUCUGGGUAGAGUAAUUGUUAAAAAUAUUUAAAAACUGAAAACAUAAAAUGUAAAAUGCCACUUAAACUCCCUUUUUUAGUUACUUUGUUUUAAUGCAUGAAACUAGGCUCACUGUCAAAGCGCUCUGUCUCCUGGUUGUCAUUUUCUGUUUUCAAAAUCCUGUCUUAUUAAAAGUAUAUUCCUGGUACCGGUUUUAAAAGGAGUGAUGAUGAUAAAGCAUGAUCAGAUGGAGAUAUAUGGUAAAAAAAUACAAUGGUAAUAUUAAAAUGUAAUUGAUAUUCAACAAUAAAAGAGUGAUGAUGAAACAAAAUUGGGGAGUAAUCCUG